AUGCACUUGCACGGGACUUUGCUGCUCCUCUCGCUCCUGAGCUUGGCCACCGUCAGCCUGUCGCUCUCCUCCUGCACGACGCUGGACCUGGAGCACAUCAAGAAGAAGAGGAUAGAGGCCAUCCGGGGCCAAAUCCUGAGCAAACUGCGCCUAACCAGCCCUCCGGAGAGUGUGGGGCGAAGCCACGUGCCCUAUCAAGUCCUGGCUCUAUAUAACAGCACUCGGGAGCUGCUAGAGGAGAUGGAAGAGGAGAAGGAGGACGGCUGCUCUCUGGACAACUCGGAGUCCGAGUACUACGCCAAAGAGAUCCACAAGUUUGACAUGAUCCAGGGCUUUCCCGAACACAAUGAGCUGCCGCUGUGCCCCAAAGGAGUAACCUCCAACAUGUUCCGCUUCAACGUGUCUUCAGCAGAGACAAACAUCACCAGCCUCUUCCGGGCAGAGUUUCGGGUCCUUCGCUUGCCAAACCUCAGCUCCAAACGUUCGGAGCAGCGUAUUGAACUCUUUCAGAUCCUGAAACCUGAUGAGCAUAUUGCAAAGCAGCGGUACCUAAGUGGCCGAAAUGUACUGACACGGGGCUCUCCUGAAUGGCUGUCCUUUGAUGUCACAGAGACUGUCCGUGAAUGGCUUUUGCAUAGAGAAUCUAAUCUGGGACUGGAGAUUAGUGUCCAUUGCCCAUGUAACACUUUUCAAUCCAAUGGUGACAUUCUGGAGAAUCUGCAUGAGGUGCUGGAGAUCAAAUUCAAAGGGAUAGACGGUGAAGAAAGCCAUGGUCGUGGGGACUUGGGGAGCCUGAAGAAGCAAAAAGAUCUGCAAAACCCCCACCUGAUAUUGAUGAUGCUGCCGCCACAUCGUCUUGGGAGUCCAGCUGUGAGAAGCCAGAGAAAGAAACGAGCACUGGACACCAGUUAUUGCUUUCGGAAUCUGGAGGAGAACUGCUGUGUACGUCGUCUCUACAUUGAUUUUCGUCAAGAUCUGGGCUGGAAAUGGGUGCAUGAGCCGAAGGGGUACUACGCUAACUUUUGCUCCGGGCCAUGCCCCUACCUUCGUAGUGCAGAUACCACACACAGCACGGUUCUUGGUUUAUACAAUACUCUGAAUCCUGAAGCAUCUGCUUCCCCCUGUUGUGUUCCCCAGGAUCUGGAUCCCCUGACUAUCUUGUAUUAUGUUGGAAGGACCCCAAAAGUGGAACAGCUGUCUAACAUGGUUGUGAAAUCUUGCAAAUGCAGCUGAAAAGGACCCAAUGCAAUUCACAGCUCAGAAACUGCAACCACUAUCCUUGAUCCCAGAGUAAAACUCAAGCCUAAACCCAUUUCUGCCUUCCUGACUUUAUCACCUUGUUUCCUCAUGAAGGUUUUUUCCUCCAUUUAUGGAUAUUUGAGGAAAUGGACACAAUACAAGCUAGAUUUUUAACGGAUAAAGAUCACCAAAUAAGGGAUUUUUCCAAGGAGGAAAUCAUGAACAGAGCUGGAGCAUGCAGAGCAUAUAGGAAAACUAGAUCUCUUUGCCCAUCACUCAUUGUUUCAUCGAGGUCAACCUUUUUCACAGGAGGAUGAUUGGUUUCCUUUUAACAGAACAUAUUUUAUUAGCACCCAUACCAUAAUGGAAGUAAUUAUUCCGCAGACGAGUGAGCACAGGAAAUUUGUGGUCCAAAUAGGAAUCUUUCUCACAAACUCUUCUCCAUUUUCUCUUUCCUCCUGGAACACCUGCUGGAGGGCUUCUGCCACAGAGAUUGGCUUUGUCCUUCUAUCCCAACCCUGUUCUUUGGUAAUCUUGAGGCUGUUGUGGCGGUUGAGAUCUUUAAAAAAAAUCUGCCCAUCUUGUACAAGGACUUAGCCUAGGCCACACCUGCCAAAAUUUUAUACAAAAUGUUAAUCUCAAUAUUGU